GGCACCGACGAAACAAGUGCGCCUCUCCGUUAGUGUGCACUGAUGGUGUACUUGGUCUUGUGCGGCUCUGCAGGCAAAUCUGGCCUUUUUCAUUUGUUUACGUCCUGCGAACGCAGUGGUGACACCGUGACAGAGAUGGAGGAAGAGGAGUGACUGCUCCGGUCUAUAAUGCAAUAAUCGCAGACAGGCGAUGCCUCAGUUCUCCUAACAGGAUAGCGGAACUGUCCGCUCUCUCGCGCGCAAUAAUUAUGAACCGACUCUAUUAUUUUCCUCUCCUGCUGCUCGGCGAGUUUCAUCUUGUUCAGAAUAAAGACUUACAGGAAACACCGACUCUCGGCUCGCCUAAAAGCCCUAGACUCCUGAUCACAGGUUUAACCAAAGGUGGACAUGUGUAUGACGCAUAUCAGAACCACAGCGUCUUCUCAUAUCAGGAGGAUUCAGACGAACUGUAUGUUGGUGGGACUGACUUUGUUUUAAAACUGGAUGUGAACGAAUUUCACAUCUUAGAGGAAUAUCCACUGAAGACCACAGAGCAGCAUGAAUGUCAUGAAGGCUCUUGUACAAAUGAAAUCACCGUAAUCGAGAAGUUUCAGGACAGCGUUUUUGUCUGUGGAACAAAUGGACUCAAUCCAAAGUGCUGGGAGCUUUUCCCUUCUGUAAGUAACCAGUCUUAUGAAAUAGUGGAGAGCUAUGAGGGGACCGGCAUCUCCCCAUUUGUCUACACGCAAAACUCCUUGUCACUCGCAGUUGAUGGAGACCUGUAUGCAGCAGCACCUUUGGAUGUUGAGGGAAGCUCACUACAGUUCAGGAGAAAAGCAGGCAGCAGAACAAACGUUUGGAUGUAUGACAGCUGGGUCUCAGAGCCCACAUUCAUCUCUGCAUCCUGGGUAAAGCGCGAGGAUGACCCUGAUAAUGAAAAAAUCUACAUAUUUUUUCGUGAGAAGAACUCCGACCACAGCCCAGAAGCUGAUCCCUGGAUUUCUAGAGUGGCCAGAGUGUGUAAGGUGGAUGAAGGUGGAUCAAAAAGAUUCUUCCAGAAUACUUGGACCUCUUUCCUCAAGGCUCGGCUUGUCUGUGGAUUUCCAGACGAGUCGCUGUACUUUAACCGUCUCCAAGACAUCUUUGUGAUGCAUGCUGAGGAUUGGCGUGACACCAAAGUCUACGCGUUGUUUUCAAGCAGCUGGAACUCUUCUGCGGUUUGCGUUUACUCAAUAGAAACGAUCGAGACUGUCUUUGAGAAUUCAUCUUUCAAGGGCUACAACAAAGAAGUUCCUCAUCCAAGACCGGGAACGUGUGUGCCGAACAGCAAGAGCCUGUCAUGGGAGACUGUGAAUGUAGUGAAGGAUUACCCUGAGAUGACCGACUGGGUGCACUCUGUGCAUUACCAAGCUCCUUUUUACACAAGUAACCACAACUACACCAAGAUAGCUGUUGACCGGGUGCAAGCAGCAGACCAGCACAUGUAUAACGUUUUGCUCCUUGCUACUGAUUCUGGGAAGAUUCAUAAAGUCCUAGAGGCUGGUUCAGAGCCUUUCAUUGUAUCGGAAACUCAACUCUCCAGCACUUCAGCUGUACAGGCAAUGAAAUUAGACUCUAAAAAGAAGAAGCUAGUCAUAGGUUUUUCUGAGAAGAUUUCCUCCGUGGACCUUCAGAAUUGUGACAAGUACGGCAGCUCAUGUGACGAAUGUGUCCUGGCCCGGGACCCCUACUGUGCCUGGACAACAUCUGGAUGCACCCAGACUGUCCCUGGGAGCAUUCAGAACAUCAUGAAUGGGGAAAGAAGUGUUUGCUCCACAUCAACAACAGGGGACAGGUUAAAGCGGCAGAUCUUCUUACAAACAGACUUGGAAAAAGUUCAUUCAGUACCCCAGGGUGUCCCGUUCUACCUGUCCUGUCCAAUAGACUCUUAUCACGCCGAGUACACCUGGGAGCACGAAGGCAGACAGAGUCCUUGUCUGCAGAUGCUUUCGAACUGUCUGCACCUCAUCCCGUCCAUGACGAAGGGAAACUACGGCAGCUAUGACUGCGUUUCCAGGGAGAAAGACUACACUAAAUUAGUUAAACGAUACCGGCUCAAAGAGCCAAUUCUUCCUCAAUACAAGGAAGAACCUAUGAGGAGCAGUGGUAAUUUUUUUAUGAACAAUGCAUCGGGUCUCACUCAGCACACAAUGUGGAUAUUACUGCAGAACAUAGUGCUUUGGGGGAUUUCAAGAUAGCUUUAGUAAGUUAGUAAAUUAUAUUAUGAUAAAUGACCCGCACUUGUAUAGCGCCUCUCAGAGUAAGGACUCCAAAGCGCUUUACACUACAGUGUAUCAUUCAUCCAUUCACACACACAUUCACACACUGAUGGUGAUGAGCUACAAUGCAGCCACAGCUAACCUGGGGCGCACUGACAGAGGCGAGGCUGCCGAGCACAGGCGCCACCGGUCCCUCCGACCACCACCAGCAGGCAACGUGGGUUAAGUGUCUUGCCCAAGGACACAACAGCAGAAUUCUCUGUCCGGAGCCGGGAUCAAACCUGCAACCUUCCGAUUACUGGACAACCCGCUCAACCUGUUGAGCUACUGCUGCCCCCUAUUACUUUUAUAAAUAUAUAUGUAUAUAUACACACAUAUAUAUAUAUACAUAUAUAUGUGUGUGUGUGUGUGUGUGUGUGUAUGUGUGUGUAUAACGGCACUCACCCUGCUACAUUUCACAACCGUCUGCAGCCAAGGCCAUUUCUGAGUAGCCAGAACAGAAGUCAGACAAAGAAAACAGAGCACACAUUGAGUGGUGUGACUGGUGUGAGCCAUGCCAGUGUGCUGAUGAACAGUCGCUGAAAGACUUCAGGAUCUCUUGGAGAAACAUUUCACUCUGGGAGUUUGGGAUUGUCUCCCAUUUACUAAAGUGAAAGACCAGGAAAUCGCAGGAACACCAUUAAAUGUGAUCUAAAAGCUUCCGUUCAGACAGCCACAAGUGGGAGGGGUUUUAGAUGUGGUGUUUGUGUCCUAGCUCCCACGUGUGGAUCAGGCCUGCGUUGGGACGCCCCCACGCACCAACCCAUCUGGUUAUCAGACGAUCUGGGUGGAAGAAGACUGGCUGCACUGUUGGUGUUCAGGGGAAGUGGGAAAGCAUGCAUGGUUAAAAACAUCCAACCAAAGCUGCAUAUGACUUUAUGGAUGAAGCUUUUGCAGCCAUCAGUUUGAACUUUUUUUAAAUGACUGGGGUAAAUAUAGCUUGUAAUAUUACUGUAUAGUAAACACUGUAUAAAGCAAUAACAUGUUUAAGUUAUUUAAAAACAUACAUAAUCUGCGAUCACUACAUAAAUGAUUGUGCUUAGAGCAGAAAUAGAAAGGACCAUCAUGUUUUUAUGUACACACCUGGUGGUUGGGUACAUGCAAGCUGCACUGCAUUGUGUCACUUUACAUUUUUGUAAUGACAGCAUUUUGAAUGUUAUAGGCAAAAUAUUUUAUUUUUUUUAUAAAACCCCCAAUCACUGAACUUCUAGAAGGAUGCUUUGGCCAACCAACUGACAGACGGGAAAUCCAGAGAGUGUAGAGGAUGGAACCAGAUGACUCGCUGAGGCAACGCCUGUCAGGAAAUACUGACAAGACAGUAGAUGUGUAUGAAACCAGGUGUGGCAUGGCUGUUUUCCAGCAGGAUUCCCAAGCUGUUGCUUCUUCUCUUAAGACAUGUACAUGAUGAUCUGUAAAGUUUACCAUGACAUGAGACCAGACCUAUCUUUUCCUAUGGUUUUGUGUUUUUGGGGUCAGACUCUGUUCAGCACACGCAUCACUUGGCUGUCUUCCCUCCCCUCAUUACCACAGCAGACACUCCACUUAAGUUUUGGAGACGAUGGUCUACUCAUCAGUACUUCCUUUUUUGUCAUCAGCACUUAAAGUCUUACUCAUGCACAUUUCACUUUUUGUUUCCAACACAUUAACAGAAGGAUCCAUAAUCAUUCUAAUGCAUCCCGCUCCCUGUGAGACAGCUGUUUUAAUUUCUCCUGUCAAUGGUCAUGCUUCAUGUUUGCUCCAACUUUUAAAACGUUGAGAUCUAACUUGGAGUAAAAAAAAAGAAAAAGAAAAAAUAAACACAAAGGGUGAGGCACCAAACAACUACUGAAUGACUGUGAUCCUUAUCCUGUCAGGAAGCAUCGUUUAAACAAUCCAACAAUGGAGCUAAAAACAGUUAAAAAUGAUGCAGGCUUAUUUGAGCAUGAUUCAUAAAGUUAAAAAAAAGGAACUAAAAUCAGGAAUUCAUUUCACAUCUAUGCACUGUUUUUAUUUGAUUAGGACCUUGUUAGCACAAGAUGUUUUUUGUUUUGUUUUCCCCAGUCAAAUGUGUUUUAAUCAGUGUGUGUACCACCUAAACCUUCAUUGGUUUAAUCUGGAUUGUAAAUGAGAACAACAGCUUCAAAACCACUCCACCAAUUUCUCAGUGAACCACCACAGACACAUUUUUCUCCUCCAAAGCCACAUAAGUAGAACAUUUGGGUGAUUUAAAAACCUAUUUUAUAUGUUGUUUGAAAAUAAUCUACACACAGAAGCAGCAAUAAAAUCCUUUGCCUGUUUGCCACGUUGCAGCUUCAGACAGAAACCACUGAGUGUGUUGUUGUCAGGCUACUUUAAUGAGGCUAAAGGGCUUAAGCUGGAGCUGACGCAGCACCUGAUCCAACAGCUCCUCAUCACCUGCCACAAAUCACCUGUAGGUCUCACAAGUGAGCGUAGACGCUGUAAUGAGGGUGUAGUAAUAACGUUGUGUAGGUCCACCCUAUAAUGUCAUGGUUUGUGUCAUUUAAAAGCCUGUGAGUAAUUCCCUGGAACACCCAUUGGUUAAAAAUCCACCCUGUUUGCUCAUGUUUGUGACAGAAAAACUAAAAGUGAACUCAGA